AACAAUAAACAAAUCCCAAUCCAUCGCACACAGUGUCUCUCUGUCUCUGUGUUUCAACCAUUCUCAUCCCACUUCAAUUUUUCUCUCUCUAAUAAAGAAAAAAGCUUUGUUGUGAGAGAGAGAGAGAGAGUGUGUGUGUGUGUGUGUGUGUGUGUGUGUGAGAGAAAUUCAACAACACCUCUUUUAGAUCGAAUUCUCGCUAAGCGGCUUUUACUCACCCCGCAUUUUCUCGGAAAACUUUCUCUUUCCCAUCAUUUUCUCGGAAAAAGUAUGGGAAUUGCUAAAGACACGCUGUUCUGUCAGCUUUUCUCUCUCCCAUGUGUGUGAGAGAGAGUGAGAGACUGAAACGACAUAGUUUCAUAACCUCCCCUUCCCUCCCUUCACCCUUCCUGCUUUUCUUUUGAGAAUUGCAGUCAGAGCCAACCCCCCUCCCCCCUCUCGUUUUUCCACGAAUUGUAGAAUGGGAAUCUCUGGGUUUCGAGGCUCUUUGAAAGCUCAUUUUCUUUUUUUUUUUUCUUUUUUGGUCUCUACUGAAUUAACCAAACUGUGUGUAUAAAGCCCUAGCUUUGACAUCAAAAGGUGAAACCAUUUUCUGUCCUUAUUAUUAAUUUUUUUCCCCCCUCAUUUCCUAAAAUGGGUCUUUGCUUUUUAGGGGUUUUGGGCUGGUUUGAAAUCUGAGAUUUUGGUAUAAAAAAAUUAAAAACAAUAAAUGGGGGUUUUAGUCGUUUAUUUUUUGUGGGUUUGAUGAGUUUGAAAGUUUGGGUUUAGUGAACUUCAGCAUUUUAUCGUAAAUCAAUUUUUGGGGUUGCUAAAGAGUGGAUUUUGUUGAUUUGGUGCGGUUGAAAAUUUGAGAUCUAUGUUGGGGCUUUGCAGAGCUGGGUAUAUGAAUAUAUACCUCUUGGAAGCUUAAUGUGAUUGUUCGUUUAUGGGAGUUUGUGCAGUGAUCUGAGCUUUGGAUUGAAUGUAUCUGAAAAUGGAUGUUUCAGUGCAUUUUCGUAUAUGGGUUUUGAUGAAAUACUGAGGAUUUGAGGGAGCCCAUAAAGGUUGGAAAUUCUCAGUGAUUAUAAAAAGGUCGCUGCCUCUUUCAAAAUUUUGUUGUUGAACCAGAAGGUAUCUAUCAAUGUCAGGAGCUCCAAGAGUGAGGUCCAUGAAUGUGGCUGAUUCAGAGUCAAGGCCUGUCCUAGGACCGGCUGGGAACAAGGCUGGGUCAUGGGGUACCCGAAAAACUGCUUCAAAGCCACUGAGAAAGGUUGAGAAGACGCCUGAGGAGGUUACAUCCGCUGAAGAGAAGAGAACCCGCCAAUCUUCCACAGUCACUACUACGUCUCCUCAGCUACAUUCACUCAGUGUUCCAUCGGUUCUUCGCCGGCACGAGCAGUUAUUGCAUUCCAAUUUAUCGCUGAACGCUUCUUGUUCCUCUGAUGCGUCUACGGAUUCCUUUCACAGUAGAGCAUCAACUGGUAGAUUGACUCGGUCAUAUAGUGUAGGGAGUAGGAGAAAGCAGCAUGUUUCGAAGCCACGAAGUGUUGCUUCUGAUGGAGGAUUGGACUCUCCUCCUGGUGAUUCGCAGCAGAAGAAGAGGUGUGCGUGGGUGACGCCUAAUACAGAUCCCUGUUAUGCUGCUUUCCACGAUGAAGAAUGGGGAGUUCCGGUACAUGAUGAUAAGAAAUUAUUUGAGCUCCUUGUCCUUUCUGGUGCUUUGUCUGAACUUGCAUGGCCUGCCAUUCUAAGCAAAAGGCACAUCUUUAGGGAAGUUUUUGCAGAUUUUGAUCCAGUAGCUGUCGCAAAUUUUAAUGAGAAGAAGAUGAUAGCACCAGGAAGCACCGCAAGCUCCCUGUUAUCGGAACUAAAGUUGCGCGCUAUCAUAGAGAAUGCACGGCAAAUAUCUAAGGUGAUAGCUGAGUUCGGAUCGUUCGACAAGUACAUUUGGAACUUUGUGAACAGCAAGCCUAUAGUUAGCAGAUUCCGCUAUCCUCGCCAGGUUCCUGUAAAAACUCCAAAAGCAGAUUUGAUAAGCAAAGACCUAAUGAGGCGGGGGUUUCGAAGUGUAGGGCCCACGGUCGUAUACUCUUUCAUGCAGGUUGCUGGAAUAACAAAUGAUCACCUCAUUAGUUGUUUUAGGUUUCAGGAGUGUCUAAAUGCAGCAGAAGGGAAGGAAGAGAAUGGCAUUGAGAAUGAGGCAGAGGAGAAAAAAACCGAAAACGGAACAGAAUCAGACUUAUCCAUUGCUAUUGAUGAAUUGAGUUUCUCCUCAGAAUGAUGAAAAGGAAAAUUGGAUUGGUUUGUGGCAGAUGGAAACCUCCACUCCCAAGUUCAAUCAUCAGUUUUACUGAAUUGACCGUUUCACAGCGUUCUUCUACAUCAGGUAGUAAGGAAGGUGAUUUCUGUAAGGAAGGUGAUUUGUGUAUAAAUUCCAUGUAUUCUUAAUCUUCAUGAUGGAUUUUUAGAAAAUUAGAUUACUUCCAAGUGAAUUGUGCUGUCGGUGCGGCUUCUUGACAGAGCCAUCGAAAACUGAUGUACAAUUUUUUGUACAGUUGAAAGGUGUUUAGUAACCAGAAUUUUCAUUUUUAAAAA